CAAUUUUCAGUAACGCUGCUCUCUACGUCCCGAAAACUGUGUUCCUCGCGUUAUUAAGACUUUCGUAGAGAAAUGAAACAAAUUGUAUGCGUGCUGGUGUUGGCGCUAAUUUGCGCUGUAUGUGCUGAUAAGAGUGCAACCAUAUUGCGGCAUGAUGCUGAGGUCAACGUCGACGGAUCAUACCAGUACGCUUAUGAAACAUCGAACGGAAUAUCUCACGAGGAACAAGGUGCCCUUAAAGAUGUAGGCGCAGAAAAAGCUCAGGUUGUUAGGGGUCAAUUUGCUUUCACGGCCCCAGAGGGUGAAAGAUUCAGUCUGCAGUAUAUUGCCGAUGAAAAUGGAUUUCAACCGAUAGGUGAUCAUUUGCCCACUCCUCCACCAAUUCCCGAGCUGAUCAUUAGAGCGCUUCGUAUUCUAGCAGAGAAACCACAACGAAAAUAAAUAUAACUAAUUAGCAAACCUAAGCUUAUGUACAAAAUAAAAACUCCCUAGUCGCUU